UUAGUGUUUGUGUCAAGACCGCUGCCCAUAGUCGGAAACAGGUGCUUGAUCAUCGUAUCCCGAAAUAAGGUUUCAGAAAUGGUGUAGACAAGUCGGAUCAGAUCAGCCCUGGAUCUUUUCAUUUGCAUUCAUUUUCUGAUCAGGACAACAUGAAAAACAUUGUUCUGCAAAAUACACCAGCAGGGACCAUAUCCUGCAUGGCAUUUCAUCCCAUUAUAGAAUAUUUGCUUCUUGUCGCAUCUUGGGAUGGAACAGUCUCGCUUUACGAUAUCAGGACCAAUGUUCGGACAGCGCUUUAUCAAGGACACAAGGGGCCAGUAUUGACGUGCUGCUGGGGACAGGGAUAUACGAUAUUUAGUGCAGGAGUAGACGGCAGGAUCCUCGUGGGCAGCGAUAAAUGGAAAGAGAAAAGGUUUGGUAAACAUGAGGAUACGAUCACUUCGUUGGCAUAUUGCCGUUCGCGCUGUCUGCUUGUAUCAGGAUCAAGCGACAAGACCGCCCGUAUCUGGAGCGAUUAUACGUCCCUGGACAUCAUGCCAACAACAAGAGCACAUGAAUUUGUUUUCGAGGGUCCCGUCGACUCUUUGGAUAUCUCACAUGAUAUGCUGGUGGUCGCCGUCAAUCAAGAGUACCAUAUUUUCAACAUCGGGGUCUUGAAUGCUUCGGCAAAAUGGGUCAUACCAUCGGCAUUGACCUGUCGGACGCGUGUGAUGAAGCUGUCGUACAAUGGUUAUUGGGGGGCGUUUGGCUCGGUCGAAGGACGGGUGCUGAUGAAAAAUAUGCAGGACAGCACACGCGAUUUUUUGCUCAUGGUCAGUCGAAACGAAACAGUGAAUCCACCGAGUAUCUUUCCGAUGAAUGCUAUUGCGUUCCAUCCAGUGUACCACACGUUCGUGACAGGAUCGUCCAAUGGCUGGGUGGCAUCUUGGGAUCAAUUCAAUAUAAAGAAACUAGCGGAAAUUGUACCGGCCGCCUCGUCCUCAUCAUUAUCAGCGAACUUGGGUCCCGUAUCCGCUUUGGCGUAUUCUUGCAGGGGGGAGUAUCUUGCAAUCGCCACAGGUGACACAUUUGAUUCCGGUCCGAGUUUUGCGGGGCCCGCAACGGCAGCAGCGAUGCCGAGGACGACGGUCGUUGUGAGACCGAUGGUGGUUGAGAAGGAAGUGCGACCUAUCACGAAGAAUUGAUAAAAUAACCUGCAAUAUGCACAAAGCAUAAGUGAGGUCCAGCUGUACGCGAAAAACAUAUCGCGUGCAGAAACAUGCCUGAAUUAAGGUUAAAUUGAGAGGGAGGCGGUAAGAUCUACUUGUUACAGGACCGGUAGACAAAGCCAUACGCUUUUGGCGCGAUUCUCUUCUCGGUCACAUCUUCAGAAUCCAUCUCCUUCCACGUGGAGAGGAGGGAGGGUAUUGAU